AUGGCUGCCAAAAAAGGCAGUAGUCCGAUUCAUCAUGACAUAAGAAAGGUUACCAUCGACAACUUGCCUGAAACUGUUGAAAACUUCCAUAUACUUCUGAAGACGAAACUUGGAUUGGAGGGGGACCUUGUGGUUCAGUAUCAAGACCCUGAAUUUGAUAAUGAACUGUGCAAUCUGAGUAGCAUAUCAGAACUUCCUAAAGAGAAAGCAACAUUGAAGGUGUACACAAAGACUUUUACAACCUACAACACAGACUCCACUCUAGAGACAGCAAGCCUGUCAUCAUCUCUUGAGGAGGGCACCAGUGGUGGCCAAACUCGUCAGCUGCCUCAGCCAUUUGUCAUUCCUGCCUUUUCUUUUGAUGUUGAGUUAAAACUGAAGCAAGGAAAUGAAGCCUACCACAGAGAUGGAUCCUUACUUGACAUAUCGAAGGACAUGAAAUCGGAUAUCUUGGAGAAGCUGGCAGAAGCCAUGUAUGUCCACAACCCCUACCCAACACGUGACGAAUAUGAUUGUGUGGCCCAGGCUCUCAUCAACAAGCAUCCUUGUCUCAAGGAACCAGGGUCUGCCAAUGGGUGGUACUGUUGGAAGUUUAGUUUAAAGUUCAAAAUGGGAAACUUCAGACAGAGGCUGCGAGUGGCUGGAUGUCCUGAACUCAAAGUAAACACACGUACCUCUAGUCAAACUGGGUCAAAAAAACUGAAGCGGGCCAGAAAGUCAGAGGUAAAUUUUCUACCAGGUUUUCCAGAGGGGAAAACCCAACAUAAUCUUGACAUAGAGAGAUCAGUCUUGGUCAGUGAGAUGAAGAAAAGAAAGGUUGACUGGAGGCAAAUUGAUGAAAUGAUGUACAACACAUUCUCUUUACGGAGAAAAGAGAUUGUUGAGGAUGAACCUCUGGUGGCACAAGUCAAAGAAAGAUGGCCAGCCUUGUUCUCUGAACGGCAGGUUGAAGCUGAAUUUGCCCGUCUAACAUCUGUUGACCUGAAAGGCUCCCUCUUCGCUGGGCUUGACCAAUAUCUGGAGAGGUUCCUUGAGCUGUACAAAACCAAGAGCGGCAUAGCAGGGCUAACUAGGCUCAUAAAAUGCCUAGAUGAUGAUAGCUCUACACAAAGGAAGAGGACAGUUCUUCUGCUGGGCCUUCCUCAUUUUCUCAAGGAAGAUCCCUCACACAUUUUCAAGACGAGCCCACAGAUAUUGAAGACACGUUCACCAAGGGGAUGAAAGUUGGCAUUGUGAUGGUGAAAGAAGAAGACAUCAUUGAUGUGUUGGUUGUCCUUGAGGAGGCAGUAAUCCUGUCUAAUCUGAGGGAUGUCCCGAGUGCCAUUUCCAUGCUGAUGGGUCUUCUUUUUGCCCUCAACAUAGACUAUCCAAAGGAACUCAAGUACACCUUUGAAGUUAUUCAGAAGGUCCUCAUGAACAUUGGAGGAAGGCAGUGCUCCUCACUAGUGCAUGGUCUAAGAAACAGACUCUUGCGGAAGACCAUGUAGAACUGUAAUUGUAUGCUCACAGCAUACAAUUGCCUUGGUGUUAAAGACAGUUUUUGUUUUACUGUUUGUUUGUUUUUCCAUACUUUCAAGUUCUCAUGUUUCAUUUUUGUAUGUAACUAAACUCUAGUUUACAUUCCAGUUUAGACAAUUACUCAUGGUUUAAGAGACUUACUUGUGAACAAAAAUAUAAUAGGGGACUCUGCAAAUGCGUAUCUCAUGCAAGUCUGUAGUUUUUCCCGUGUUCUGCAAUUCAGCUGACUGAACCUGUUUCUAAAAUAUCCAUACCUUUCAAAUGUUUCAGAAGCAUUAAGUACUAAUUUUAACAGCAAUUGGUUCUGUGGAAUAUGUUGUAAUUAUAAAUAAAGACAAAUAGAGUUUGAAGUUUUAGUUAUAAACUGAUCUUUACUGUCACUUAACAGUCAAGGUUUUGUAUUAUGUUAGUAAUUCAAGUUUUAUGCUAACAGGAGUGACUGUGUACAAAUGAGGUUUAAAAAUUUUGCAAUGUAAAGAAUAAUUGUUCUAUAAUAGUUACAUCCUGUUGAUACAUUACAUUAAUAGAGACUUCAUGUUGUUAAUUUUAAUGCAGCAGCUUUAGCUCAUCCUGUUGAAAAACUGAGCUCAUGUCAUAGUGUUCUGUUGUCCAACUGUCAAUAAUUAACAAGAAUUGUUAAAUGCUCCUGAAUCAGAAUUUAAUCAAACGUGCAUGUCACUGAUUUUCUGAUUUUGUGUGCCACAGUAAGAUGGAGCAAUAAAUGUUU